GGGGGAGGUGCCAUUUGGGCGCCGCGUUGCCAUGGCGACUCGGUGGGGGAUUUGGUGGCGUUGCUGCUCGCACGGGGAUGUAGGGAGCAGCAGCUGCUGAUCUCUGACACACUAUUGCCCCGGCUCCGCCGCACACUGCCAUAUACUGUACCGGGAGCCGCUUCAUGUCGAGUGAUCAGAUCGCAUGGGUCCGGUUACGGGAAUGACUCCAGACAAGAACGUAGAGACUCCUGCAGCAGAGAAAGUUGCAGGGUUAAGUCAAACUGAGACAAUGGGUAGCCUGCCAGAAGAAGUUGGCGCUGCCCGGCCAAAAGCCUCCGCCGUGGACUGCGGCUCGGCAGACGAAGAGCUGACAAACUUGAACUGGCUUCACGAGAGUACAAAUCUGCUGAACAAUUUCAGCCUCGGGAGCGAGGGGGUUUCAGCAAGUAACGCUCUGUAUGACAUAGAGGGUGACAGCUCCCCAACAGGUUGUCGAAACCCAGAGAAGUCUUCUGCCUCUUCAAAACCUCCGUAUUCAUUCAGCCUCCUCAUUUAUAUGGCAAUUGAGAGCUCUUCCAACAAAUGCCUGCCGGUGAAAGAAAUAUACAGCUGGAUCCUCGACCGGUUUCCAUAUUUUGCUACUGCCCCAACUGGCUGGAAGAACUCUGUCAGACACAACCUUUCACUAAACAAAUGCUUUCGGAAAGUCGAGCGCAGUCACGGAAAAGUGAAUGGAAAAGGAUCCUUAUGGUGCGUUGAUCCAGAGUAUAAACCCAAUCUUGUACAAGCACUGAAGAAGCAGCCGUUCUCUGCAGCCCUCGCAUUGUACACCCCUCCUGCCUCACCGACAAGCGUAUCUACCCCACUCUGUUUAUCUUCUGCAUUAAAACAGACUCAAGGCCACGCUGUGAAAGAAUCUGACAUUGAUGCUGCCACUGCAAUGAUGCUCUUAAACAGCUCUAUCAAGCAUGAAGCUUUGGACUGUGUUUGCUGCAAUAUCAAAGAAAAUGUGAAGAUUGAGGUUGUAGAUGGCCAAAAAUCCCAACCUCUCAAGAUAGUGCUGCCUAAGAAACGCAACUAUACCAGCGCCUUCAAACACUGUACCAAUCUGACCCUUCAAGAAAACGACCCCACCAUCCUCAUCGAUCCCAAAGAGGAUCACAACUACAGCGCAAGCGGCGCAGACUCUCAGCGAUGCGAAUCCCGCUCCAGCGUGUCUUCCUUGUCCUCUGUGGAUGAAGUGUACGAAUUCAUCCCCAAAAACAGCCGGGCAGGGAGCGAUGGCAGCGAAGGCUUCCACAGCGAGGAUGACACAGAUAUUGACUAUGAAGAAGACGCACUUGCGGAUAGUGGCUACGUCUCCCAGCCCUGCAUGAAUUCUUCCGGCAAGAAGCUCCGAAAAGAAGCCUGCCAAGAUAUCGAUGAUGAGCUGAAAGAGGCCGCUGGCUCUCUUCUCCACUUGGCUGGGAUCCGCACCUGUCUAGAUUCCCUUUUAAAAACUGCUAAAGCCCAGUCACAGAAGCAUAGAAAGUAGUGAUUCUGCCAGCCUGCAUAUAGUUCUUUACCAUUUACAUAUAAAUAUAUUUUUUUCCUGCCUCCCCCAUCCACUCAAAGUGUGGCAAUAUUCACGAUGGUUUUUUUUUCCUUUAGGAGCACAAAGCCAUAAAGACUUGAGGCUUAUUCUGUUUGUUUUUGUUUGUUUUUCCUGCAAGUUUGACAUUUUAUUUUUAUUUUUAUCCUAUUUUGCGCUCACUCCCAAGAAUACUGCCUUAGAAUAACUCACGUUUCAUACUAGAACAGAAAUGCAUGAUAUGCAAACCCCCGCCCCCCUCAAAAUAAGCUAUUUAAAUUUAUUGUAAGAACUGUACCUGACGCAAAGGAUUCCUUGAAUCAUGCCGCAACCUUCCAACACUGCUGUAUGGGGCUUCUUAAAACAAAUUGUUGGCCCAUUGUACGUCUGAGUAAUAACAAAAGAAAUUGCAGUAUUAGUGAUAUUUUUGCCAACUAUUUAUACGUAGUCCAUGAAGGUGCGUUAUGCACAAUAUAAUAUUUGUAAAGAAAUGCUAAGCUUCCUCCCCCCCUCUAAUUUUACAUGGGACUGAAGAAAGAAGCUUCAAUGCACAAGGAUUAAUCGUAGCGUGGCCUGCGAUCGGAAAGCCUGAACGUUUAUCUCACCAUGGACAUCUUAUUUUUGUUGGUCUGUGUGUUUCCAUUCAUCGUGCGUGCCUCACUGCGUAAACGCGGUUAAGUUGGCACCCUCAUCACACUGGUCUGAUAUGUGGCAGAGAUGGGACACCUUGCAUGAAUCUUCAAAUGCUCCAUUUGUAAAACAAAGUACCGAAGAAACUGCAUGCCAGUUAGACGCCAGUUAAACGUCGCUUUGAAGCAUCGACAAUAAUGUAACAUGUUUGCACACCAUUGAAGGCUUCGCUCUAAA